CGUGUGCGUGUGUGUGUGUGAGAUGUACAGCACACACACACGCACACACAUAGAGUCAGCGCCCCACGAAAGAUGUCUGCCAGCUCGGCCAAAGGCAAAAAGGACGAGUCUUUCCUCGGCCGACUCGGAGGCUCGCUGGUCCGCAGGAAGAAAGCCAAAGAAGUGAGCGAUCUCCACGAGGAAGGCAAGAAUGCCAUCAACGCUCCGAUGCUUCCGUCUGGGACCGACGUCCACCCCGAGGACACCCUGCUGGAGGAGAACGCAGAGAGGAUCAUGCUGGACCCCACGUCACGGGACAACCCCAAACUUAAAGAUUUACUCAAGGUUCUCAUCGACUGGAUCAACAGUGAACUGGAGGAGGACAGGAUCAUCGUCAAAGACCUGGAGGAGGAUUGCUACGAUGGACAAGUGCUGCAGAAGUUAUUUGAGAAGUUGUCAGGCAAAAAGCUGAACGUGGCCGAGGUGACUCAGUCCGAGAUCGGCCAGAAGCAGAAGCUCCAGACGGUUCUGGAGGCCGUCAACCUGCUCCUCAGACCUCACAACUGGUCUGUGGAGUGGAGCGUGGACUCGAUCCACUCCAAGAACCUGGUGGCCAUCCUCUACCUGCUGGUGGCGCUGGCCAUGCACUUCCAGGCCGCCAUCAGGCUGCCCGAGCACGUCUCCGUCAAGGUGCUGGUGGUCAAGAAGCGUGAGGGCGUCCUGCAGACCACUCUGGUCCACAAGGAAGUGACCAGCACCACCGAGAUGAUGAUGGGGAGGUUUGAAAGAGAUGCUUUCGACACGCUGCUGGAUCACGCACCUGACAAGCUCAAUGUGGUGAAAACGUCCCUCAUCACCUUUGUCAACAAGCACCUGAACAAGUUGAACCUGGAGGUGACUGAGCUGGAAUCUCAGUUUGCAGACGGAGUUUACCUCAUCUUGUUGAUGGGGCUGCUGGAGGACUACUUUGUGCCUCUCUACAACUUCUUCCUCACCCCAGAAAGCUUCGACCAGAAGGUGCACAAUGUGGCGUUUGCUUUUGAGUUGAUGCAGGACGGCGGGCUGAAAAAACCCAAAGCCAGACCAGAAGAUGUGGUCAACCUGAACUUGAAGUCCACCCUUAGAGUCCUCUACAACCUUUUUACCAACUACAAGAACUCUGACUGACAGCGUCUGCAAGGAAUGACAAACAUCGACUCUUAAAGGAAUGUUACGCACAAGUGGAUGAGAGUCGCGACUCAUUCAUCUUCCCUUGAACCUGCUUUGAUUAUUUAUUCUUUUCACGCAAGUUUAGACUGGCUGAGCUUAGCCUGUCUCCGUGUGGCGCAGCGCGGCCUUCAAAUGCAACACAUGAAUAUUAAAUUCACCCUGCCAUCUAAAAUACUCUAAUGUCUUUUGUAUGAAUAUUAAAUGAUGGUUCCGA